CCCAGUUUGAGAUCAAUAAAGUACUAUCUUAUCUUAUCUUUUGUUGAAUGAAAGACCCUCUAAGGAGUCAAAUAUUCAGUUUUUCCAGAAAAACAAAGGAGAGAAGAAGAGAGGACGGUGCCAAUAACUCAAACAUCUUUUUAGGAGGAUGAAGCCAAUAUUAGUCUUCGAGUGAUUCAGUCGACAGUAACACCUGGAAAAUGCAUCACGAGAAGGCAGCACUGAUAACGAAUGCAAGACAGACCUGAGCUCAUACUGCCCCCCUGUCCAGCAACAGUACUUUAAUGGUUGGAACUACCCGCCCCAACCUACAUUACUGCCCUCGCAGACACAGCCUGAUGAUCACCGGUGCCAUGGGAGCGGUGCGAGUCAACAGAUACAGCAUCGUUUCCACAGAUGAAGAUACCCUAAAGAUCUCCAGCCUGGGCCUCCACAAUGGCCACAGUCCUCUGACUCAGCAGACGCUGUCGGGGGCCUGUAUGCGGGGUGAAGAAGGAGGAGGAGAGUGUCAAGGAAGUGACGAGGGAAGAGGAGCUUUGACUUUGAGAGUGGCAAACGAGCCCAUCGUCCACAACAGCUGCCGUGCUUCACCUUCCUGUCGUCUGGGCCUGGAUCUGGGCACCGGCCGCCUGCGCAGCCGCUUUGUGAAGAAGAAUGGCCAGUGCAAUGUGGUGUUCAAUAACAUGGAGGAUAAACCACGACGAUACCUGGCUGACAUUUUCACCACCUGCGUGGACAUACGUUGGCGCUACCUUCUGCUCAUUUUCACCACCACCUUCCUUCUGUCUUGGCUGGUGUUCGGCCUGAUCUUUUGGGGAGUGGCGCUCGCUCAUGGAGACUUUAACCCUCGCAUUCCUGUGAAGGAAGGGGAUCCUCAAAAUAACGUAGAGGAUGGAAAAGACGAAUGGCGGCCAUGUAUUCUCCACAUCCAGGGUUUCAUCGGGGCGUUCCUCUUCUCCAUAGAGACCCAGACCACCAUUGGAUAUGGUUUCCGGUGUGUCACUGAAGAGUGCCCAGUUGCUGUGGUGACUGUGGUGGUCCAGUCCAUUGUGGGCUGCAUUAUUGACUCCUUCAUGAUCGGCACCAUCAUGGCAAAGAUGGUGCGGCCCAAGAAACGGGCACAGACCUUGCUGUUCUCACAUCAUGCCGUCAUCGCUCUGCGAGAUGGUAAGCUGUGCCUCAUGUGGCGCUUGGGGAACAUGCGCAAGAGCCACAUUGUUGAAGCACACGUGCGUGCUCAGCUCAUCAAGCCACAUGUGACGGCGGAGGGCGAGUACCUCCCUUUGGAGCAAACGGACAUUGAUGUUGGCUAUGACGAUGGGCUGGAUCGGCUGUUUCUGGUGUCGCCACUGGUGGUGGUCCAUGAGAUCAACAAAAACAGUCCUCUGUAUGACCUGAGCCGGGAUGACCUACAAAAGGAAGACUUUGAGAUUGUGGUCAUCCUGGAGGGAAUGGUGGAGGCUACAGCUAUGACCACUCAGGCCCGUAGCUCCUACUUGGCAAAGGAGAUCCUGUGGGGUCACCGCUUUGAGCCUGUGGUCUUUGAGAAGAGUGACCGCUAUUACGUGGACUACUCCCGCUUCCAUAAGUCCUACGAAGUGCCAUCUACACCUCACUGCAGUGCCAGGGAACUGAGUCUGAUGACAGGUCGUGGCGGGCAGUCCUCAUCCUCCAGCUCAAGUUACUCCCAGUCUCCAUCACCAUUUGUACCGAGGGCAGCCCGCCACUUCCUGGGCCCUCACUCCCCCAGCGCUUUCUGCUACGAGAACGAGGUAGCUUUGUGCUGCGGGGAUGACGAGGAUGAGGAGGACGUGAAAGAGGAGGCAGGGAGCCUGAACGUCAGAAGUGACAGAGAGGUAAAGAUGAGAGAUGACAUUCACUUGGGUUUUAAAGAGACAUUUGUGGAGGAGCAGACGGUGGAGAUGCUGUGUGUUCUGGACACAGAGAAUCAGAUCAGCCUUGACAGACUACAGCCCACCCUACCUUUAUACAUCAGCAGAGAGUCAGGAGUUUAAUCAAUGUAAUGGCUGCCCUUCCAUUUUGUUUCCUCUCUUUGUCUGUGUGAAUCCAACCAAAGUAUUGAACUCGUGUAAAAAUAAAAGAUGGAGGACACAAUUUAAACUGUACAUCUGGCAGAAGAGAAAGUUAUUUUUUGCAGCUGUACAAAUCCACUCAGCUUUAGCUCAUAACUUGCUCUGGUUUCAGGUAUUGUACACUUUCAGUUGUAACAUCAGCAUCUAAACCACGCACAGCUCAUCUACUUUUAAAC